CCCCCCCCCCCCCACCGCCGCCAAUGUUGCCUUACGCCACCGUCGAAGAGGCGGAAUCCGUCAUCGGCAGAUCCCUCACGGCGGCGGAAACCCUAUGGUUCAAUUACUCCGCCACCAAAUCGGACUACCUCCUCUACUGCCACAACAUCGUCUUCCUCUUCAUCCUCUUCUCCGUCGUCCCCUUCUUCUUCCUCUUCCUCGAAUUCUUCUUCGAGAAAUCCGUCUCCCCGUACAAGAUUCAGCCCAAAGUCAAGCUCUCCUUCUCCGAAACCCUCCACUGCUACAAAUCCGUCAUGCGCAUGUUCUUCCUCGUCGUCGGCCCCCUUCAGCUCGUCUCCUACCCCUCAAUCAAGUUCAUUGGGAUAAGAACAAGCUUACCUUUGCCUCCACUGUGGGAAAUCGUAUUGCAACUAUGCACGUAUUUCAUCGUUGAGGACUACGGGAACUAUUGGAUCCACAGAUUUCUGCAUUGCAAAUGGGGGUACGAUAAAAUCCACCGGGUGCACCACGAGUACACCGCCCCGAUCGGUUUUGCAGCGCCUUACGCUCACUGGGCGGAGAUUUUGAUACUCGGAAUUCCGUCCUUUUUGGGGCCCGCGAUUGUGCCGGGUCAUAUGAUUACGUUCUGGUUUUGGAUUGCUUUGAGGCAGCUCGAGGCUAUCGAGACUCACAGUGGGUACGAUUUCCCUUGGACACUAACAAAGUAUAUUCCUUUUUACGGUGGUUCGGAUUACCAUGAUUACCACCAUUACGUCGGUGGACAGAGUCAAAGUAAUUUUGCAUCAGUAUUCACUUACUGUGAUUACCUUUACGGCACCGACAAGGGUUACCGCUAUCAAAAGAAGGUCCUUCAGCAGUUCCGAGAAGGCUUAAAUAACAACGUCGAGCAGAAUAAUAAAGUCGAUUAAAAAUUGGGAUUAUAAAGAGCCUUCUCAAGGUAAAUAUGCCUUUUACCACAAUGCUCGUGUCUUUCUUCUAAGUCGAUCAAUGUAGAGGAAAACCUUUGUCUUGGUUCUGGUGGGGGUUUUUCGAAAUUUGAUGUUGUUAUAUGUUGUCUCAAGGAAGACAUACUGCUCUAGUUUGUAUUUUCUUGUACUGUAUUGAUGAUGUUCUAGUUUUAAUCCAGUGGUUUGUAACUUUUAGUUCUUUAAUUAGUGAAUUUGUUACAUGA